AUGCAUCUGGUUGAUUCUGAUACAUAUCGCGAUCCUGACCCGCGGGAUCAAGCCCGGAAGGCCCGGCAUUUGAGCAAAUAUAUCUUCCCACUUCAAUAUGGGCUCUCCAACGUUUUUACUUCGCAGUUGCAGGCCAAGGAGCACUAUAAGCAGCCGGAUUUCGCUGACAGAGAGAACGAGAUUCAGCGCCUUGGACCGUGUAAGACCCCGAAACGACUAAAGGAUGUGCUUGUGCUGUUGGAUAAGAUGAUAUGGCGUCAUGGUAAAUGCCGUUAUAAGCUGCUUAGAGACAAAGUUUGCCCUUCCAAGGCAAGUAAGAUAUUUGAAUGA